GUCGAGUUGGCGAACAUGAACCGACUCUUCUUUAGACCGGAGCAGUCAGGCCUCUCGAAAGUGGAGGCUUCUUUGCAGACGCUCCGAGACAUCAACCCAGAUGUGGAGUUUGAGAUUUUCAACAUGAACAUCACGACGUCGGAAAACUACGAUGUCCUGCUUGAGCGAAUACGCCAGGGCGGUUUGCAGGAGAAGCGAGUGGAUCUCGUCCUGAGCUGCGUGGACAACUAUGCUGCGCGCAUGACGAUCAACCAGGCUUGCAACGAGCUGGGCCAGAUCUGGCUCGAGUCUGGCGUGUCCGAGAACGCGGUCUCCGGCCACAUCCAGACCAUGAUUCCGGGGAGGUAUGCCUGCUUUGAGUGUGCGCCACCCGCCGUCGUAGCAGGCGGAGGUGACGAGAAUGCCAUCAAACGGGAGGGCGUGUGCGCUGCAUCCCUGCCGACCACCAUGGGCAUCACCGCUGGCCUUUUGGCCCAGGCCACCCUGAAGCACCUUCUGAAGUUCGGCACCGUCUCGAACUUCUUGGGCUACGACGCCCUCGGCGAUUAUUUCCCUUCGUACAGCAUGACGCCUAACCCGGAGUGCGGCAACCGACACUGCAGGCUGCGGCAGCAGGAGUGGGCGGAGCACCCCGAGGAGAUGAUGCGGAAGUACAACCUCCUAGAGGAGACUGAGAAGAAGGACGACUCCAACGCCGAGUUGCACCCGGACAACGAGUGGGGCAUCGUCAUCGAGGACUCCGAUGGCUGUGCGGCCUCCGAAGAGGAGGAGGAGAAGGAGGAAGUUGUGGACACCAAGGGAGCCUCCGUGGAGGAGCUGAUGGCCUCACUGAAAUCUCUGCAGUGA